AUGGGUCCACUUGUGUAUGCAGGCUUUGUGCUCCGGAUGGACGGGACCCUUGCAGACCCAGGUGCUGUGAGCGCUCACCUCCAUAUCCCCUGGGACCUCAGUAUGGCCAGCCUCUUGGGCCAAAUCCAGUCACCUUCCACCUCCAUGCGUGCACUUGUGCUACUCAACAUCCUGGAAGGUGAGCAAGACCCUGCAGGAACCCAGCCGCCCACUCUGGUUGCCACCAUAUGGCACGCCCCCAGAGGUCAGGGUCGAGGCCACCCUAGCACUAGAUCUGGGGAAGUUCCGGGCAGCUGUUGUGACAUGUGUGGCAAAGUGUUCAGCUAACGCAGCAACCUGCUGAGGCAUCAGAAGAUCCACACAACCAUUCGUGAGCGACCAUUUGCGUGCAGUGAGUGUGGCCGCAGCUUCAGCCGCAGCUUGCACUUGCCGCACCACCAGCUCACACACACUGAGGAGUGUCCGUUUGUAUGCUGUGACUGCAGCCAAGGCUUUGUGCACAGCAGCUGCCAGGAGGAGCACCGCAGGAUGCACACGCAGAAGCAGCCCUUUCACUGCACAGGGUGUGGCCAGAGUUCCCGGCAGUGCUCCAACCUGCUGCAGCAUCAGCAUCCCAGCCCUGGUACCACACCCCCUGCCCUUCCGAGUGUGCCCGAGCCCCCAGGUCCCUUCCCAUGCAGUGAAUGCUGCGAGAGCUUCACGCGAUGUGCUGUGCUGCCCAAGCAUCAGGCAGUGCACCCUGGCAACAAGUCCUUCAGCUACAUGGAAUGCAGCGAGCACUUCAGGCGCUGAUUGGUGCUGCUGCAGCACUGGCAAGCCCACAGUGGCGAAAGGCCCUUUACCUGCCCAGAAUGCAGCCAGAGCUUCCGCCAGCACUCCAAUCUCACCCAACACUGGCGCAUCUACACCAGUGAAUGGCCCUUUGCCUGCUCUGAGUCCGGCAAGACCUUUUGCCAGCAGCCCACGCUCAAGCAGCACAUGCUUGUGCACACAGGUGAGAAGCCCUUUGCCUGCCCCGAGUGUGACUAGUGCUUUAGCCAGCACCUCAAGCUCACACACCACCACAGGACACACACAGGGGAGAAGCCUUACCACUGCAGUGAGUGCAGCCUGGGCUUCACGCAGGUGUCACGGCUUAUCGAGCACCGGCGCAUCCACACUGGGUAAUGGCCGUUCGCCUGCCCCGAGCGUGGUCAGAGCUUCCGGCAGCAUGCCAAACUCACCUAGCACCGGCGCAUCCACACUGGGUAACGGCCCUUCGCCUGCCCCGAGUGCAGCAAGACCUUCCGCCAGUGGUCUACACUCACGCAGCACCUGCACACCCACUGGCAGAAGCCCUUUGCCUGCCAGUACUGUGGUCGCUGUUUCCACCAGAGCACCAAACUCAUCCAGCACCAGCAUGUGCACAUCGCCAAAUAGCUCCAGCCCACACAUACUGCAUCCCUCCAGGGCACAGCACGUGGUCACCAGUGGGUGCUCCCAUGCUGGUAUGUUCCCUCAGUGCCGAUGCGGUUCCUGUGUGGGUGGCACAGCACCUGUGAGAGGCUCCUGGAUCAUAUCUCUGGUUUGCCCUAGGCAGUCCAGCCUCGGCCUUUCAGGAGCAGUAGUCCUUAGUACCCCAGAACCAAUGCCGAGACUAGUAUGGUGUUUCACUUGAGCCUCAGUUAGGGUCUAUGCAGAUGGGGAUGGGUGCUUGUCCCAAUCAGGACAGCUGCAUUCAGGAUGACCUCGGUUUGAUCCCCAGCUCUGGCUUCUGACUUCAGAGGAAAAGAUAUGGCUCAAGGAACUGCAUUCUGCCACUCAUGAGGGAGACCCAGACUGAGCCCCCUGGCUCCCAACUCCAGAGCCCUGAC